AUGUCACCACUCAGCAGCAACACAUUCGAACCAAACAACGGCAUCCCAGAUCUCUCUGGCAAAGUCUACGUCGUCACCGGCGGAAGUGCAGGAAUCGGCUUCGGCAUCUGCGCUCAUAUCCUUCAACAUAAUCCCGCAGCUUUGUAUAUUCUUUCCAAAAAGGAAGAGCACUUGGAAGAAGCUCAAGAAGCUCUCAAGAAAUAUGGAGAUGUCACCAAAGUCCACGCCGUGCAAUGCGAUCUUGAAGAUCUCCAACAGACAAAUGAAGUCGCAAACCGACUCCGCGAAGAACUCACAAGACUCGACGCACUGGUACUAAACGCAGGCCUAGGCGUCGGAAAAUACGCCGAAUCCAAAAACGGCCUGGACACACACAUGCAAGUAAACGUCUUCGCCCAACACCACAUCACCAUGAUCCUCCUCCCCCUCCUCCUCCAAACCCCAGACUCACGCCUAGUCCUCCAAUCCUCCGACCUCCACCGCGGCGCAACCUCAGACACAAAAUUUGAAAGUCUCACCGAAAUCAACCAAGACAUCGGUCCCAUGCGCCUCUACAACCGCACAAAACUAGCCCAAAUCCUGCUCGUCCGCGCAAUGGUUCGUCGCAAAGAACGAGGCGCAGGCGAGCUGGGCUUAAAACCCGGAUCAGCGCCAUGGAUCAACGCCACACACCCGGGAGCCGUGAAAACUGAUCAGCAAGACCAAGCCGUAGAAGCAUACGGGACUCUCGGGAAAAUUGGAGUUAAAGCCGUGCGGCCAUUCAUGAAAGAGCCCGUGGACGAGGGUUGUAGGUCCGCGCUUUUUGCGGCUACGAGUGGAGAUAUUAGCAAAGAGGGGAUUGACGGGAAAUAUAUUGUUCCAGAUCGUAAGGUUACAGCUGUUUCUUCGCAGGCGGAGAAUGAGGAGCUGGGGGAGAAUUUGUGGCGUUUGACUGCGGAGGUUUUGCAGCAGAAGCUCGGUAGUCUGCCGUAUAGUAUGUUGUAG